GGAUUCUGAUUGGUCCAUUUCUGUCUUGGGGGCGGGACUAUUGGAAAGAGUCCAAUGAGGGAGGAAGUAGCUGCUCUGUGUGUCAGUCCUCUGAACCUCCGGUCGGACUUACGUUAACUGUUGCUGACUAACCCAAUAACGUCCCAAAAAGGGUGUCACCAUGGCAACCGAGGGGGAGCCCACAGACUUGAUCAAAGUUCUCCACCUGCUGGUGCUCUCCUUCACCUGGGGGAUGCAGGUCUGGGUCUCCUUUAUUGCCGGUUUCGUUUUGGUGACGCAGGUGACUCGACACACCUUUGGCCUGGUGCAGAGUAAGCUCUUUCCCGUGUACUUCUACUGCCUGCUGGGUUGUAACUUUGUCAGCCUGGCUGUGUUCGCCGUGUACCACCCCAGAGAGCUGCUGGACUGGCAUGAGAGCGUGCAGAUUCUUCUUUUCUUUGUGUCUCUGAUCAUGGCGGGCCUGAAUGCUCAGUGGUUUGGCCCCGGAGCCACUGAAGUGAUGUUCCAGAUGAGGGCGGUGGAGGAGGAGCACGGCCUGGGGAACCAGGUGGGCCUGGGCAGCCAGAAGGAGGAGUACGCCAAGCUCAGAGAGCAGGACCCCAAGUACAAAGCUUACAAGAGCUCGUUCGGCCGCUACCACGGGCUCUCCAGCCUCUGUAACGUCUUAGGAUUCAUCUGCACCACCACUAAUCUGAUCUACACAGCCCUGAAUUUAUCCACCAUUUAGAAAACACUUUUAUCCGAUCAAAAUUCUCCAUCUGAAGACCAGAGUUUUAAACUUAAAGUCUGGCAUAGUGUGUUUUUGCAAAGGUUUAAGGAAUGCAAAUGUGAAAAAAAAGUUUAUGUUUUUUUUCUAAAUAACUUUUGUCAGAAAUGAAUAUUUUUGAAUUCAUUUUUUGUGUUUUAAUUAUUCUGUUUCUAAAUACAUUUCAAAAAGUUUUUUUAAUAGUUCAAAAAAGUUAGUUUCAUCUCGUCUCCAGCAGGGGUCAGUGUUUAGUCAGGAUUUUCAGCUGUUCUGUUGCAAAUUGCACAAAUAAAGUCCUUUUGUGUUAA